AGAGAGAGCACGACUCGUUCAUUCUGGAAUAUAAUGAGCACUACCAGUUUGCAGAGUUUGCAUGUGUUUAUAGUGUUUGUUUCUCCCUUCUUCUUGACAUUGCUUUUUUUCUCUGCAUUUGACCAAACAAAAAAAACUUCUCUCCACUUUGAAGACUCAGAGAUCAUUCUGGAGGGGAAGCACCCAAAUGAAACCAGGGAGGGCAGUGGAGAGGGUGAGGUUGGUUCAUUUACUCCUCCGCCCUUGACACACAUGGACAGGCCUGGUCCAUGGCAAAGUGAGAGCUUUCUGGUCUCCUCCUGGUCGACAAUGGAGGAUGCAGACACUCAGAGUCUGGGCAGUAGUGACAGUGGCACUCCGGCUGCAGAUGAGGAUCACUCGUCCUCUGAGGCAGAGCCUUUGGGCCCCGAGGAGGAGCAGGAGCCAGAGAAGGAGCAUAGGGAUGAAGAGCCAAUGACCAGUGGACUGAGCCAGUUCAGUGUGGAGUCAGAGGAGGACAUCCAGGCUCCGCAAACUUCAAAGUUCAUGCAGGUUGUUCCUCCAAUGGCAUUGCCCCCUUUGCCUAUUUUGCAGCUGGACCCUCCAUCCAACAGCUCAACCCCUGUCCUCAGCUCCUCAACUGGGGACCCUGAGGAGCUCCUCUCCACACCACUGGGCCUUCAUCCUCCCUCUAUCCUCGCACCAAUAAAUCCUCCCAUAGUGAAAACUGCAGCAGACGAUCCAGAGUCAUCACAGAAACAUUCAGACCAGGCAUCAUCGCCACAAAGAGAACACUUUAAGUCUAAACCUGCCAAAACACAGACUUUCAUAGAAGUGCCUGUGCUGCUAUGUGGAGGCGCUGCUCUUGUCGCAGUUGUAGGAGUAAUGGCCUAUGGAGCUGUGGCCCUUCUAAGAAAAUAAAACCACUCUGAGAGCCCAAUAAAACCUCUUUCAAAUCAAA